UCGUCAAGCUGCAAUAUUCAAGCCUUGACAUUGCGAAGAUGGACGCUGUUAUGGUCUAGACCUGGAUACAUAGAAACCCCAAACUGCGAGUUUAAGAGCUCUGUUAUGAGAACAUUUCUAGUUCUUCCAGGUGGAGGCAGGAGGUGUGUGUAGAGUGCAGUACACAUCAGCAGCAUGUAUUCUGAGUGGCGCUCGCUGCAGCUGGUGGUGCAGAGUGACCAGGGCCAUCUCAGUGUUCUGCACUCCUAUCCCAACACUGUGGGCACGGAGGUGGCAAAUGCUGUGGUCAAACCUCUGGGCACAGCUGUAAGCCCUGUGGCCACAGAGAAUAUCCUGAAGACAGACAAGGAGGUGAAAUGGACCAUGGAGGUGUUGUGUUAUGGCCUCACCCUCCCCCUGGAGGGAGACACCGUGAAGCUGUGUGUGGAUGUGUACACAGACUGGAUGAUGGCCUUGGUGUCGCCCAGGGACUCCAUGCCUACGCCUGUUGUCAAGGAGCCAAAUAUGUACGUCCAGACCAUCCUCAAGCACCUCUACAACGUUUUUGUGCCAAGGCCUGAGCAGCACAGUCUGAACCACAUCAGGCUCUGCCAGCAGGUUCUGACUGCAGUCCAGAAGUUGGCACGAGAGUCUGUUUCCAUGGUGAGGGAAACCUGGGAGGUGCUAUUGCUCUUCCUUCUUCGCAUCAACGACACAUUACUUGCCGCGCCAACGGUUGGAGUUGGCGUUGCAGAGAAACUGGCAGAGAAACUGAUGGCGGUGCUGUUCGAGGUGUGGCUACUGGCGUGCGCGCGCUGUUUUCCCACGCCACCAUAUUGGAAGACAGCGAGGGAAAUGCUGGCCAACUGGAGACACCACCCCCCGGUUGUAGAGCAGUGGAGCAGAGUGGCCUGUGCCCUCACCUCCAGGCUCUUGCGCUUUACACAUGGACCAUCCUUCCCGCCCUUUAAAGUUCCUGAUGAAGAUGCCAGCCUGAUCCCUUUAGAGAUGGACAACGACUGUGUGGCACAGACGUGGUACCGCUUUCUCCACAUGCUAAGCAACCCAGUGGACCUGAGCAACCCUGCGAUAGUGAGCACCACACCGAAGUUUCAGGAACAGUUUCUGAACUCCAGCGGCAUUCCUCAUGAAGUGGUGCUGCAUCCGUGUUUGAAACAGCUUCCCCAGAUCUUCUUCAGGGCCAUGAGGGGCAUCAGCUGCUUAGUGGAUGCAUUCUUAGGUUGCUCUGUUGAAAAGAAAGAUGUACGGGAGAGGGUGUUCACUUUUUCUCCAGUGCUGCUCUCUUAUGGUAUAUCACGUCCCAGAUCUGACAGUGCCCCUCCCACCCCGGUCAACAGAAUGAGCAUGUCUCCGCCCCCCUCCAUCACCAACACCACACCCCCCCACAGCCGCAAGCAACGGCACACAGUGGUCACCAAAACCACAAGCAAGAGUUCCACGGGCAGUGGCAGUCAACCAACCAAAGCGUCCCAGCAGCAGCAGCAGCAGCAGCAGCAAACUUCCUCCUCCCCGACCCUGCUCUCCAGCCCCAACCAGACCAGCUGGGAGUCUCGGCCUCUGCCGGCCCCGGCACGUCCAAAAGUCAACAGCAUCCUCAACCUGUUCGGCCAGUGGCUCUUCGACGCGGCACUAGUCCACUGUAAGCUCCACAGCGGCCUCGGCAGAGACCCCAGCAUGACCGCAAUAGCCACUCAAGUAGGUCUGGAACUGAGAAGGAAGGGUUCCCAAAUGUCCACCGACUCCAUGGUGUCCAACCCGAUGUUUGAUGCCAACGAGUUCCCAGAGAGCUAUGAGGCGGGACGGGCGGAGGCCUGCGGGACGCUCUGCCGAAUCUUCUGUAGCAAGAAGACCGGAGAAGAUAUUCUGCCCGUUUACCUGUCCAGGUUCUACAUGGUCCUGAUUCAGGGUCUCCAGAUCUCCGAUUUUAUCUGCAGACCAGUUCUGGCUUCUAUCAUCCUCAACUCUUCCUCUCUGUUCUGUACCGACCUGAAAGGCAUCAACGUGGUGGUGCCUUACUUCAUAGCCGCCCUGGAGACUAUUGUACCGGACAGGGAGCUGUCCAAAUUCAAGAUGUACGUAAAUCCCACCGACCUGCGGAGAGCCUCUAUCAACAUUCUGCUUGCCAUGCUGCCUUUGCCGCAUCAUUUUGGCAACAUCAAAUCAGAGGUUCUGUUGGAAGGAAAGUUCAACGAGGAGGAUGGGUGGCCACAUGACCAGCCCGUGUCUUUCCUGUCCCUGAGGCUGCGUCUCGUCAAUGUCCUCAUAGGAGCCCUUCAGACUGAGACGGACCCCACCAACACACAGCUCAUCCUGGGUGCAAUGCUCAACAUUGUUCAAGACUCGGCACUGCUGGAGUCCAUAGGUGCACAGACUGAAACGGGGAGCAUAGACGGGAGCCACAUGGCCGUGAGGGGUCAGAGUCACAGCCGCACCAACAGCGGCAUCAGCUUCAACAGCGGGGGGAGCACGGAGGCCACCAGCCCGGACUCUGAGCGCCCCGCACAGGCCCUGCUGCGAGACUACGCUCUUACAGAUACGGCGGCAGGCCUGCUGGUGCGCAGCAUCCACCUGGUCACCCAGAGACUCAACUCCCAGUGGAGGCAAGACAUGAGCAUCUCACUGGCUGCACUGGAGCUGCUGGCCGGGCUCGCUAAGGUAAAGGUGGGAGUGGACUCUGCAGACCGUAAGCGUGCCGUCAGCUCUAUAUGUGGGUACAUCGUGUACCAGUGCAGCCGUCCAGCGCCUCUCCAAUCCCGAGACCUCCACUCCAUGAUUGUAGCCGCCUUCCAGUUUCUCUGCGUGUGGCUCACAGAACACCCCGACAUGCUGGAUGAGAAGGAUUGUUUGGUAGAGGUGCUGGAGAUUGUGGAGCUGGGAAUAUCUGGCAGUAAGUCUCGGCAGGAACUGGAAGUCCGACAUAAAGGGGAGAAGGAGCACAACCCGGCCUCAAUGAGGGUGAAGGAUGCUGCUGAGGCCACAUUAUCCUGUAUCAUGCAGGUGUUGGGGGCCUUCCCUUCCCCCAGCGGGCCCGCCUCCACCUGCAGCCUGCUGAAUGAAGACACCCUGAUCCGCUACGCCAGACUCAGCGCCACAGGAGCCAGCAACUUCCGCUACUUCGUCCUGGACAACUCGGUCAUCCUCGCCAUGCUGGAGCAACCCCUCGGCAACGAGCAGAACCCGAGUCCAUCAGUGACAGUACUGAUCAGAGGGACGGCCGGUAGACAUGCCUGGACUAUGCAGCUCUUCCACCAACCCAGAGGAGCUCGGGCCAAUCAGAGGCAGGUGUUUGUACCCGAGGGCCGUCCAAAACCCAACAACGGUGUGGGCAUCAAGUACAACGUGAAGCAGAGGCCCUUCCCCGAAGAGGUGGAUAAGAUUCCUCUCGUCAAAGCGGACGUCAGUAUUCCUGACUUGGAUGACAUUGUCAGUAAAGAGGUGUGUUGUAUGGGCUGGUUGGAAGAAUCAAGAGCUACAAAUGCACUGAUCAGUAAUGUCCCACAUCUGGAACUGCAACAUGACAAGCUUCGGGCUCUGAUGACAAAGCAGAUGGAGUACGAGAACUCCCUGGAGCGACACAGCGAGGAGAUCUGGAAGUCCAAGCCUUACCCCGACCCUCAGACGGACUGCAAACCCCCGUCCCCCGCGCAGGAGUUCCAGACAGCUCGCCUCUUCCUCUCACACUUCGGCUUUCUGUCUCUGGAGGCGCUCAAGGAGCCAAACAACAGUCGUCUACCUCCUCAUCUGAUUGGCCUGGAGUCCUCGUUGCCUGGGUUUUUUGAUGACAUAAGCUACCUGGACCUGCUUCCAUGCCGACCAUUUGACACCGUCUUCAUUUUCUAUGUGAGGGCCGGACAGAAAAGCAGCCCGGAGAUCCUGAGGAAUGUGGAGUCAUCGUCCAGCGUCCAACCCCAUUUCUUGGAGUUCCUGCUGUCCUUGGGCUGGCCUGUGGACGUGGGACGCCACCCGGGCUGGACAGGACACCUGGACACCAGCUGGUCCCUCAACUCCUGCUCCGACAGCAAUGAUUUCCAACAAACGGAGGACGCAGCUACUCCAGAGGACACAGGAGGCUCAGUGUUCAACGGGGAGAAGAAAGUGUUGUACUACGCUGAUGCUCUGACAGAGAUUGCCUUCGUUGUUCCUUCGUUAUCGGAGAAUUCAGAGGAGUCGUCAAAGCACAGCGACUCCACCGUGGAGGCCGACACUAACGCAGACAUCGUGCCCGGCUCACUCAAACAACCCAAUCUCACACUGGAGCUGUUCCCCAACCAUUCAGAAAACCUGGAGUCUGCCAAAAAGCUGAGUCCUUUGGUGAAAUCAAAGAGGUCGUCCACUGGAAAGUCUUUCCCACCUCUGGGUCCUGAGACCAAGGUGUUCGUGGUCUGGGUGGAGCGCUUCGAUGAUAUCGAGAACUUCCCUCUAUCUGAUCUCUUGGCGGAAACCAGCACGGGCUUGGAGGCGAGCAUGAGCAACAGCACUUCCUGCAGGUCAGGGUUACUAGAGAAGGACGUUCCUCUGAUCUUCAUCCAACCUCUGAAGACGGGACUCUUCAGGAUCCGGCUUCAUGGGGCCGUGGGUAAAUUCGGCAUGGUGAUUCCCCUGGUGGACGGCAUGGUGGUCAGCCGCAGAGCACUAGGGUUCCUCGUGCGGCAAACGGUCAUCAACGUGUGCCGACGGAAGCGUCUGGAAAGUGACUUGUACAACCCGCCUCACGUGCGGCGGAAGCAGAAAAUAACGGAGAUAGUGCAGCGUUACCGCAACAAGCAGCUGGAGCCAGAGUUUUACACCUCGCUCUUCCACGAGGUGGGGGAGGGAAAGCCUCACCUCUAACCUCCCCCCCAGCCCUGUCCUAACACUGGCUCACAAGCGCACAUUACAACUUACACACACACAUACACUCUCUCGUCCUAUACUCAUACACCAUUUACUGUGCGUGCACACACACACACACACACACACACACACACACACACACACACACACACACACACACACACACACACACACACAUGCAGAUCUUUAUAUUUAUACUGUACUGUUUGUUAUUUAUAUGACUACAUAUAUCAACACUGUCUGCCUUUGACUCAGAGAGCAAAGUGUCAAAAACCCAUGCCACGUCGGGAAAAGCUGCAUUUCUCUGUCGCAGCCACUCAUUGAAGGUUUGAAGCUGAACAGUGACUGCCCCCCCACCUCCCCAUUUAGAAUCAUGCUUCGUGGCAAAAAACAGUCUCUGCUCGUCUUUAACUGCAAUAGUUACACUGUCGGCCUUUCUGAAAUUGUAAAAAAGUGUCCUCUAAAUCCUGUGAUGCGAUUGAUUUUCACGAUGCUUUGGUAAUAGAGUUGUGUCCCUAAAUCUGCAUAUCUGUUUUUGUUUUAAUCAAACAGAUUCGGGUGGAUUUUUCUUCAAUGAAAUGCAAGCGUUAUAAAAAAAUGUUUUCUAAUAUACGUCUCCUGCUGCAUUAGUGGCUUCAAGAAGUGAUUGACAGAAUUAACCCUUCAUCUAAUGUUACAAAAAAAUCAUCAUUCAACAUGCAGACACCUGCUGAAGUCUUCCUCACACAUCAGGCCUCACACAUUUGUUUAUAUAUUUGUAUUUGUUUUUUAGGAAUCCUAUGUUGUAAUUUUUGACAACUAAAGCCUUCUCAGUCAUCUUAUCUCAGAACCUACUGCUGUGUGUGUGUGUGUGUGGUGUGUGCGCGUGCACACACACACACACACACACACACACACACACACACACACAUAUGCUUGUUCAACCAGUCGAUUCAUACACACUACAAGGAGUCACAGUGACCCCCAUAAAAACUCCAUGCACUGCAAUUAAAGACGACUUUUUGCGCAAGACAUAGCCCCUACUCCUGCUUUACUCUUGGUUUAAUUAGAAUGAGUUUAGCUACGGAACUUCGUUCAUUUUUCACAUGGUUAUUGCCGGGCUAAUUUGAAAUGACCACAAAGAUAUUUUAGCCAUAUUUCCAAACCUUUAUGGCACAGUUGAAGUGUCCUGCUCCUCCAAACAAAUCUACAGUGAUCUAUUCAAAGGCCAACUCACUCCCUGCAGCCAAAUGUGUUAUACAUAGCUUGCAUUUUGGCUUAUUAUGUAAUAAUAUAUUCAGAAAAAAUGCAGUUUAUCCUUCAAACAUUUUUUUUUUUGCUUCACUUUUUUUCGUUCACUCACUGUACUUCAGUUAUGAUUCAGCCCUCUUCACUGUCUGCCUGUAACAAUGUGAAUUUAUUUAUCACAGCGAUGGAACAGGUCAAACUCCUCUUUGUUAUAUUGGAAAGUCUUAAUGCACUGAGCACAUUUUAUGUUGAUUUUUUUCUAUUCCCAUUGGUUACCUUUCGUGUCCUUUUUGUACUUUUGUGCAUUUUGAAAGAAAACCCUGCUGAAGGAAGAGUUUUAUCUUGUGAAAUAUGAAGACGAGGCGUCGUGGAGUUUUUAACCUGUCAUGUCUAACUGUGUGACUCACUUUCUAUGACGGUGCUUUGCGCACAUGCCUUUUUUUGGAAGGAAAAAGUAACAUUCAGUUUGCUUCGAAGCAACCACAUACAAUCAGUCAUACAUGCUACGUUACUCCUCUGACGUUUGAUCAUAUUUAAAGAUUUGCCAUGUACAGAAGCGGAGGAUGAAUAUGUAAAUAUAUGAUAGUGUAAGGCAUUUAAAAGUUUGUCUGUUGCAUUCCUCAUCUGCAAGAAAAAAUAUGUAUGUAUGCAAUUAAGUGUGGGAGCAUCACAAUGGGUAUUGAAUGUAACAUGCAUCAAUUAAAACUAUUAUUGACAUUUUAA